AUGACCGCAGCAGCUCCAUUACGUAAUUUUCAAUGGUAUUGGAAUUCAUCGACUACUGCUAAUGAUGAUCACUGGACAGCUUACGCUGAUAUUGAAAAUGAAAUUAUUGAAGAAGCGUUCCAGACUGGGAAGAGCGAAGUUGAAAUUAGCUCCAAUUAUGUUAUUAACUUUCGAAAUCUGCUGCAAUAUAACAAGUUUAAUGCAAGAAAACAACGUACAGUAAAACGCGACGAUCUUUAA